CGACGAUGGCCCAGGGGACAUUGAUCCGUGUGGCCCCACAGCAGCCCACCCAUGCCGUGUGUGUGCUGGGCACCUUGACUCAGCUUGACAUCUGCAGCUCUGCCCCUGAGGACUGCACGUCCUUCAGCAUCAACGCCUCCCCAGGGGUGGUCGUGGAUAUUGCCCACAGCCCUCCAGCCAAGAAGAAUUCCACAGGUUCCUCCACAUGGCCCCUGGACCCUGGGGUAGAGGUGACCCUGACGAUGAAAGCGGCCAGUGGUAGCACAGGCGACCAGAAGGUUCAGAUUUCAUACUACGGACCCAAGACUCCACCAGUCAAAGCUCUACUCUACCUCACCGGGGUGGAAAUCUCGCUGUGCGCAGACAUCACCCGCACCGGCAAAGUGAAGCCAACCAGAGCUGUGAACGAUCAGAGGACCUGGACCUGGGGCCCUGGUGGACAGGGUGCCAUCCUGCUGGUGAACUGUGACAGAGACAAUCUCGAAUCUUCUGCCAUGGACUGCGAGGAUGAUGAAGUGCUUGACAGCAAAGACCUGCAGGACAUGUCCCUGAUGACCCUGAGCACGAAGGCCCCCAAGGACUUCUUCACCAAGCAUACACUGGUGCUCCACGUGGCCAGGUCUGAGAUGGACAAAGUGAGGGUGUUUCAGGCCACACGGGGCAAACUGUCCUCCAGGUGCAGCGUAGUCCUGGGUCCCAAGCGGCCCUCUCACUACCUGACGGUCCCCGGUGGAAAGCACAACAUGGACUUCUACGUGGAGGCCCUCGCUUUCCCGGACACCGACUUCCCCGGGCUCAUUACCCUCACCGUCUCCAUGUUGGACACGUCCAACCUGGAGCUCCCCGAGGCUGUGGUGUUCCAAGACAGCGUGGUCUUCCGCGUGGCGCCCUGGAUCAUGACCCCCAACACCCAGCCCCCGCAGGAGGUGUACGCGUGCAGUAUUUUUGAAAAUGAGGACUUCCUGAAGUCAGUGACUACUCUGGCCAUGAAAGCCAAGUGCAAGCUGACCAUCUGCCCUGAGGAGGAGAACAUGGAUGACCAGUGGAUGCAGGAUGAAAUGGAGAUCGGCUACAUCCAAGCCCCACACAAAACGCUGCCUGUGGUCUUUGACUCUCCAAGGAACAGAGGCCUGAAGGAGUUUCCCAUCAAACGCGUGAUGGGUCCAGAUUUUGGCUACGUAACUCGAGGGCCCCAAACAGGCGGUAUCAGUGGACUGGACUCCUUUGGGAACCUGGAAGUGAGCCCCCCAGUCACAGUCAGAGGCAAGGAAUACCCGUUGGGCAGGAUUCUCUUCGGGGACAGCUGUUAUCCCAGCAAUGACAGCCGGGAGAUGCACCAGGCCCUGCAGGACUUCCUCAGUGCCCAGCAGGUGCAGGCCCCUGUGAAGCUCUAUUCUGACUGGCUGAUUGUGGGCCACGUGGACGAGUUCCUGAGCUUUGUGCCUGCACCAGAUGGGAAGGGCUUCCGGCUGCUCCUGGCCAGCCCCAGGUCCUGCUACAAACUGUUCCAGGAGCAGCAGAAUGAGGGCCACGGGGAGGCCCUGCUGUUCGAAGGGAUCAAGAAAAAAAACCAGCAGAAAAUAAAGAACAUUCUGUCAAACAAGACACUGAGAGAACAUAAUUCAUUUGUGGAGAGAUGCAUCGACUGGAACCGCGAGCUGCUGAAGCGGGAGCUGGGCCUGGCCGAGAGUGACAUCAUUGACAUCCCGCAGCUCUUCAAGCUCAAAGAGUUCUCCAAGGCCGAAGCCUUUUUCCCCAACAUGAGCAUACCCGAGACCCAGGCAGAAACUUCACCUGGUCCUACUGGGGAACCCCAGCCACCCCCUUCUUCUGGAGCUGGGGGUUACAGUCCAGGGAGGAGCCAGCAGGCCCUACCACAGUGGUUUUCAAACUGGGUUCCCUAGGGCCCUUGAGUUCCAAGGCAGUGCCUCGAAUCCAGUGGUUCAGAUUUUCUGUUUCUGCAUUGACAUUCUGCAAAAGAUUGUGUGUAGAAUAAAGGGUUCCUUGGCCAAAAGGAAUUAAAGUAUUGACCCCAAGCAUUUUGUUUCCCUCCAGUUUGGCCAAGCCAGGCUUCCCAGUGCGGGAAUGAAAGUGGACGCCCAUGGCUAUGGUAGUCAGCAACACUGAGGGCUGACCAUGUGCCUUCACUGCUCAAGGUCCCCAGAGGGAGUCUGAGCAUGAGACCAGACUCUCUCCCGGGAGCUGGCUGUGGGAGGCCGGGAAGAGGGAGUGGAACAGGCAGAGGGAUGAACAGCGCGAGGCACUUAGCAUGCAUGUGUCUAGGCGGUGGCAAAGAAUGAGAUGCCUCCUUGAGGACUCAUGGCCCAUGGAAAAUGGCUGUGCACCUACUAUGUGCCAGCACAGUGCUGUGCCUACACGUUCUUACCUAAUUGUCAUUGCAAUGGAAAUAUGUGUUGGGCUCAUUUUGCUGAUGAGGCUCAGAGGGGUGAUGUGACUUGCCUAAGGCCACACAGCUAUUGAAUAGCAGAGUUGGCAUUCAAACCCACAUAGGCCUACAGCCAAAAUCCUCACCUUUCCACCUCACCGGGCUGCCUGCCAAUCUAAUGGAGGAAGCAGAGUCAUUUACAUACGUUAUUUACAUAUGGACAGUGCCAUAACAGAGGCAGUCAUUUAUCCAUCCAGUCAACAGAUGUUUAUUGAGUAUCUACUACGUGCAAGGCGCAGUGCUGGGAGUUAUGGGAACACAGAGCAGGAGUGACUGCCAGAGCUCAGGGAUUCAUGGGCAGUUUCACAGAGGGGCUGCCAUCUGAGCUGGGCCCUGAGUAAUAGAAAGAGCUUACCAGAAGGUUGCAGAUAGGGGAGGAGAAUGUAGUGUUAACAGCAUGGGCAGCAUCAGAAAGAACGAAAUCAGCCAGGAGGGGUGGCUCAUACCUGUAAUCCCAGCACUUUGGGAGGCUUAAGCGGGAGGAUUGCUUGAGUCCAGGAGUUCAAGACCAGCCUGAGCAACAUGGAGAAACUCUGUCUCUACAAAAAAUACAAAAAUUAGCCAGGCAUAGUGACAUCUGCUGAGGCAGGAAGAUUGCUCGAGCCCAGGAGGUGGACAUUGCAGUGAGCUGAGAUCGCACCACUGAACUCUAGCCUGGGUGAAGAGUAAGACCCUGUCUCAAAAAGAAAAAAAAAAAAAAAAAAAAAAAAAGAAAGAAAAGAAAUCAUGUCCUUUGCUACAACAUGGUGGAGCUGGAGGCAUUAUCCUAAGUGAACUAAAGCAGAAAAUGAAAUACCGUGUGUUGUCACAUAUAGGUAGUGGGUACACAUAGACACAGAGAUGGAAAUAAUAGGCACUGAGGACCCCCAAAAUGGAGAGAAUGAGAGCGAGGUGAGGGCUGGAAAAUUACCUAUCGGGUAUGAUAUUCACUGUUUGGGUAAUGGAUACACUAGAAGCCCAGUGCCCACCAGUAAUCAAUAUACCCAUGUAAUAAAUAUGUAUAUGUACCCCAGAAUCUAAAUUUUUUUAAUUUAAAAUA